AGGUCGAGGAGGGCUUCCGCUUCCAGCACCUCGUCCCGCGGGCGUCCGGGCUGCCGCGGUCCGGCGAGGCGCCUGCUCCGCUGGCGGCGGGGGCGGCCGGCGCAGCUCCGGCAGAGGCUGGAACAUCUCCUGCGGAAGCGAGGAAAGCGCCAUCCGCCGGCGAGCUGGUGGAUCAGGCGGUCGCCGACGCCGGCGACGGCCACCAGGGGCGCGCUGCCGCAGCCCCUGGGGCACCCGCGGCGGCGGCGGGCUCUGUGCACGUCGCCCGGCCGGACGUGUCCAAGAUGCUCUCCUUCAGGCCCGCGCUGGACGUCGUGGGCCUCAAGACCCCGAGGCCCGCAGCUGGCACCCUGGAGAGGCAGCCGGGCGGCAUGCGAGGCGACCUGGAAGACCAGGCGCAGCUGCCGACUAUGAUCCCCAAGUGCCUGCAGGAUUUGCUGGCCGUGCUCCCCUCGCGGCCGCUGAAGGGCGCGAAGCCCGACGUCGACUAUCUCCUGACGGUGCUGCAGACCGUGAACAUCCCGCCCAUACCGGUCAAGGACCUGGAGAGUUUCCGGUACGACAGCCUCCGCCUGCUGAAGGACGAGGGCAGCCUGCACCGCAGGAUGAAGGAUGAAUUGGAUGGCGACGGGGGCGGUUUCUUCAGCUCGCGCCCGACCAUUUACCGCGAGCGGUUGCAGGCCAAGCGGCGCAAGCUGGCGGAGGAGAAACAGGCGGGGGCCAAGCCCGAGCCGGCCUUCUGAGCGCCGCGCCCUGGCCGCCGGGCGGGGGCCCUCCCUGGGCGGGGGCGCCGCCGCCGGACCGGAGCCCUCGUCUGCGCUGCGGUCACGGGCGCAGGCAGAAACGUC